AUGGACAAUCCCAGUGACUCAGGCCGCAUCACCAACCGCCUUGCGCUCUACCAACAGCAUCUUAACUCCGCCCCGCUCCCCAACACAACCAACCCACCAGCACAAAAACCCUCCACAAUGGCUGCCCGCGACCCAAUUACCUGCCACGUACUUAAUACGUUGACUGGCACACCUGCUGCCAACCUGCCCGUUACAUUGAGGCUAUUGUCAGAAACUGCAUCAUCCAGCCCUGUCCUCUUCCAUGCUACCACCAAUGGCGAUGGCCGUGUCGCAAACUGGACGCCAGCCGGUGGAGACCAGUCUGUCCCGGGGAUUUUGGCGGCACUGCCCGGUGCAGACAGCAAGACCAAUUGGGCUGUGAGCUUCCAGGUUGGACCCUGGUAUGAGUCGCAAGGUAUUGAAAGCUUCUGGCCUGAGGUUGAGGUCAAGUUCACGGUCAAGGGCCGUGGACGUGAGGGCGAGGAAGGCUGGCGCCACUAUCAUGUACCUGUUUUGCUGGGUCCUUGGAACUACUCGACUUACCGUGGAUCUUGA